AUGGGGUCCUUGCCAACUCCUCCCUUGGAAUAUGUCGGUUACAAUCUGGCCGAACCGAAGAGCAGUGAGCAGAUUAUUUGUGGGCCUCUGGACUACCUCCUGUCAUCUGGAGGAAAGAACAUUCGACACAAGCUCAUGCUAGCAUUCAACGAAUGGCUUCAGAUUCCCCCGGAGAAGGCCGAAAUUAUAAGCGAGAUUGUCAAUCUAUUGCACACGGCAUCUCUGCUGAUUGACGAUAUUCAAGACUCCUCCAAGCUUCGGCGGGGGAAGCCAGUCGCACAUAGCAUCUUUGGUGUAGCUCAGACCAUCAACUCCGCCAACUACGCAUACUUCCUCGCACAGCAGAAAUUGUCCUCUCUGCAUAGCACACGCGCAAAUGAUGUUUUUGUCGAGGAGCUCUUAAAUCUUCAUAGGGGCCAGGGGAUGGAUCUGCACUGGCGAGACACUCUGACGUGCCCUACGGAAGAACAAUACAUUGGCAUGGUUCUGGACAAGACGGGGGGGUUAUUCCGACUCGCAGUCAAACUCAUGCAGCUGGAAAGCAAUCAGACAUGCGACUGUAUACCUCUGACGAACACCCUUGGCACGAUCUUUCAGAUUCGGGACGACAUCCUCAACCUCAGUGGCGGGGAGUACACUAAAAAUAAAGGCUUCUGUGAGGAUAUCACGGAGGGGAAGUUUUCCUUCCCCAUUAUUCACAGCAUCAACAGUGAUCCUAGGAACAUGCAGCUUAUGAACAUCCUGAGACAGAGAAGUGAAGAUAACUCGCUGAAAGCCUAUGCGGUUGACUACAUCACCUCGACCCGAAGCUUUACCUACAGCUAUCAGAAGCUAAACUCACUGAUUGCGGAAGCCAAGUCAAUGGUGGAAGAAUUGGAUGCACAAAUGGGCCCCUCGAGAGGCAUGUGUGCGUUUUUAGAAAUGUUGAAUCUCAAUUAA